GUGUUUGGCAUGGGAUCGGUUGCUGUUUCAAAGACAGCACGUUCAUUUUCUCUCCUCAGGUAUUGCUUCCAGGGCAAACACCCACCUCAGUGCUGGCAAGAUGGAAUGGGGUGGGUGAUCAAGUACUGAGGCAGUCUGCCCUGUGGCAAAUUACCUUAUUUCAUGAUUUCCACACGUUAAUUAACUUCCCAGCGUUGUGCUCAGACCUGAGCGAAUGAGAAGCCAGUUAGGAGAAGGAAGGGAAUAAAGAAGGUAAAACAAGGCCGGCUCAAGAAACCUCCAUCUCCCACAUCAGGAAGCCCCUUUGUAAAGAAAGUCAGUGGUCAAGAAGCACCCUCCCCCUCCAAGCCAGUGGAGGAAAGUGCUAACUUUAACCAAUUUCAGGCAUACUUUCCUCUUCCUCUGUCUCUCAUUCAUUCAUUCAAUCAUUCAUUCACUGGAUGUUACUCAAGGAUCAGGACAGACACAGAAGCUGCCCUCAAGGCGUUUACAGUCUAGCAGAGGAUAUGGGGAAAAUCACAGGUGUUACAUGGUGUGGGAUCAGCUAUGCCUGUGAAAUACAGACUGCAUGGGCGUGGGGGGUACUCCUAGCGCAGGCGUCUUCCCAGCAGGCUCUGCCACGGCUGCGUUCUCCCUGACCCACUGGAGUUCGCAAUCUUGCAGACCUCCUCCAUGGCAGACGGACGUGCGGGGCCCCAGGCCCAUUGUCAGAACAGAUCCUUCAGCGGCCGAGGGACACCCACCAGGGCCCUUCCCCGCAGCCAGGCCCGCGGCCAGUUCUAGGUCCUUCCUUGACAAAGACCUAUCGUCGAGUGCAGCUCUAGUGCAGUGUGUCGUUCAUGCCAGUAUUUUAUAAGCGACAUUUUCAAACUAUGUGAAGAUCCUUUUUAAGAAGAUUUAUUCCUCUGUGAUGGAGAAGUAUGAAAAAAUUGGGAAAAUUGGUGAAGGAUCCUAUGGAGUUGUUUUCAAAUGCAGAAACCGGGACACGGGUCAGACUGUGGCCAUCAAGAGGUUUCUGGAGUCAGAAGAUGACCCUGUCAUAAAGAAAAUCGCCCUCCGAGAAAUCCGCAUGCUGAAGCAACUCAAGCAUCCCAACCUCAUCAACCUUAUUGAAGUCUUCCGGAGGAAGCGGAAGCUUCACCUGGUGUUUGAGUACUGCGACCACACGGUUCUCCAUGAGUUGGACAGAUACCAAAGGGGGGUACCAGAACAUCUCGUGAAGAGCAUAACUUGGCAGACAUUGCAAGCAGUUAAUUUUUGCCAUAAACACAAUUGCAUACAUAGAGAUGUGAAGCCAGAAAAUAUCCUCAUCACAAAACACUCAGUGAUUAAGCUUUGUGACUUUGGAUUCGCUCGGCUUUUGACUGGACCGAGUGACUACUACACAGACUACGUGGCUACUAGGUGGUACCGCUCCCCAGAGCUGUUGGUGGGGGACACGCAGUACGGCCCCCCAGUAGAUGUCUGGGCAAUUGGCUGUGUCUUUGCUGAGCUGCUCUCAGGGGUGCCUCUGUGGCCAGGAAAAUCAGAUGUGGAUCAGCUCUAUCUGAUCAGGAAAACCUUGGGAAACCUCAUUCCUAGGCACCAGCAAGUAUUUAGCACAAAUCAGUACUUCAGUGGGGUGAAAAUUCCAGACCCUGAAGAUAGGGAACCACUUGAAUUAAAAUUUCCAAACAUCUCUUAUCCUGCCCUGGGACUCUUAAAGGGCUGUCUUCACAUGAAUCCUGCUGAGAGACUGACAUGUGAACAGCUGUUGAAGCACCCAUAUUUUGACAGCAUCAGAGAAAUAGGAGAUUUGGCAAAAGAUCAUGGCAAACCAACAAGGAAGACCCUAAGACAGAACCGAAAGCACCUGCCUAGGUUGCAGUACCUACCUCAGCUGACUAGCUGCAGUAUCCUUCCAGCUUUGGAUAAUAAGAAGUACUGCUAUAAUACCAAGAAACUUAACUACCGUUUUCCAAACAUUUGAGGAGCUUGAGAUUGAUGAUAAAAAGGCUUGAUCAAUAAUUCAAAGAAAAUAAUACAUUUGAUUGAAAACAAUCACAGUUGUUGAGAAAACAUAACUAACUGGAGGAGGUCACUUGGCAAGAUCUGAAAGGAAAUUGCAGAGGCUGUUUUCAUGCUUGAUGAUGGUGUCCAGAACAGAAAGGAAACUCGUUUGGAUUUUCACUUUUGCUUUUGUUGUAUCUAAGUAGCUAAGUUUAUGGACAGAUGUAUAACCGGUAUCGACUGCCCAGACUUUGGGCAAAAUUAGAGAUAUAAAAAAAGAUUUAUGCUUUAAUUGUAUCAUAUGCAACAAAUGAAAAAUAGAUUAUACAGUGCCCAUAUAUGUUUCCUUGGACCUCUGUGUGUUGUUUGAGUGCUGUGUCCUGCCUUUUCAGUGUUUCAGCAUCAUAAGGAGAGUGUUAGUACUUGACAUCAAAAUAUUUAAAAUUCCAUUUCCUCGUUGCUCUAUCUUGAUUUUUAUAUUUUAAAACAUUUUGUGGAAUAUUUAAGAGUUCAAAAUAUUUAAUAUCAUAUGGAUUAUCACAAAAAGACUAACUUAUGUGCUUAUAUACUUAAUACGUUUAUAGAUAUUUCUUACAUAUACUUUUGUCUUUACCUUUAGUAAAUAAAGGAUGCAUCUUAGUCCUUUUUUGCAGGCAAGAUGGAUUUACUAUAAUCCAUCUACAUUUGUUCACCCAGUUCCCCUUGCAAACACCCAGUUCCCAUUGCAAACAUGAAGAUUGGGAGCUGACCAAGGUGAUCAAGGGGUACAACAAGACCUAGAGGCUUGGCAGGAACUGAGCCUGCCAUCCUGAAAAUAAUGAGUCCUUCAGUCUCUCCAGCUCUGCCUCAGACUUGGAGACCAAUCUACAAGCAGGACUACAGCGAUCUGGGUGUUGGAAGAAACGGUUUGUGAGCUUUUCCUUGGGUCAUGAAACACACUAUGUUGUAAACUAUUUUCCCUGAAAUAUCUUUUUACACUAUAUGUAUAUAUACAAGUAUGUAUAUACAUGUAUAUAUGCAUAUAUCUCCAUAUAUCUACAUACACACACACACACACACACACACACACACACACACUAUGCUAACAACUAAUAAUAAAAACGUCCAAAAUGAUAUCGAGGAUUCCUAGCUUUGCACAGUGAUACUUAAAAUGACAUAAAAUUAGCUUUGAUUUGGCCUAUUGCUCCUAUUCAAAAAGCUUUUUCAUCCUUGUCAUGUGGACACAAAGGCAAUAUAAAAUUCAUAUCAAUUUCUUAUAACUCAAAGCCAUUUUUGGUUGAUGUGCUUCUGUUGUUUUCUAGCACGUCUCAGCUGCGGUUUUUGAAGUUAUAUUUUACUGUAUCUUCACACCAUUUCUUCUGCACUCUGUUUACUCUAUGUUAAUUUUCUUCAUGAGAACAUUUGCCCGUAUUCACUUACAGCUAAGUAAUCCACCAAAUUCUGGUAACUCUUUAAUAAUUUUGGCUUCGCCAGCCAGAUUAAUGAUAUCCUAAGGCUUCCUGAUGUAUGUAGCUUCUUGCAUACAGGUGUUAGUGGGCUAAAUACUAAUCCCAGUAUUAUCUAAUUCUUGUUAUGCAGCCUUGAUUCAAAUGACAAGGAAGGACAACCAACUUCUGUAAGUAGUUUACAUUUUGUGUUUUUUCAUAACCCAAAACAAUAUAUACUUGAUGAGGCAGAUAACUAUAACUGACUAAUUCAUCUAAUAGUUUUAUAGAAAACCAUGCAGAAUAGAAAAUGAGCUCCAGACUAAUUUGUGGUGAACCACUUGCCUCACCACAUAGUAAUCAGACAAACUCGAGACAGAAGUGCUUAUUUUUUCCUAAGGAGUUCUAUUAUAUGUAUGCUUAUGUUUAACUUAUCCAUAUUGCAGGAUCUGCAAUCCUUU